CGGAACUGUAGCCACCCACUUCAAAGAUGGAGGACGAUAUCUCAGAUUUGAGCAGACCACAAAUGUACUUGUUUGGUUGCACCCUCAAAUCGGACAAACGGGAGUUCAAAGUUGACGUAGACGACGAUGAUACGGAGCAACAGCUGUCACUCAAAGCAGUGUGUCUGGGAGCUGACGCUGAGGAUAAGUUCCAUAUGGUGGAAGUCGAGGGCCUCACUUACGAUGGAAAAACGACCAAAGUGCCACUUGUCGUACUGAAGCCGUCCAUCCUGCCAUCUAUGAGUUUAGGUGGAUUUGAGAUCACUCCUCCAGUUACCUUCCGUCUCCAGUCUGGCUCUGGACCAGUUCACAUCACCGGGCAGCACUUUGUUAGUGUGAAGGAUUCAGAGGAUGAAGAAGAGGAGAACAACUCAUCGCCGGUGAAACGACCUGCAGGCCUGUCAGGGAAGAAGCCACCAUUGAAAAAACUAAAGAUGGAUUCUGACGACGAUGAUGAAGAAGACAGUGAUGACGAUGAUGAUGAUGAUGAUGAAGAUGACGACAGUGAUGAAAACAUUGGGAAGCCUCAGAAAAACGCUGGAAAAGAGCUCCAAAAAAGCUCAGAGUCUUCAGCAAAGAAGCCCAACAAGACUCCGGUGAAACAAAACAGCCCAGCAGGAAAACCAUCAGGAUCAGCUAUCAAACCACAGAUUAAGACACCUGCCCCAGGAAAAGACAAACUCCAGGCCGGCCCGUCUAAAUCUCCCUCUCUGACCGAGAUUAAGUCCAAGCUGUCGACAGCAGCCAAGGAGGGAAAACCCCUGCCGAAGACAGAGCAGAAGUUUGAGAAUUUCGUGCGGAGUUCGUUUAAAAUAUCAGACAAAAAAGUAAGUGGUCAAGGACCUCUGGAGUUUUGUACAAACACUGAAGAUUGAGAAGAAGUAACAAACCUUUUACUCUGAGGCGUUUGUUUUGCAUCCUGCAAGACAUUUAAAGGCACAGUCAGCGAGAUUUCCUACGCAGCCUUAUUUUGUCAUCCAUGGUAACUAUGAACUGGAACGAACAGAAGGACAAAGAGCUGAAAAUGGGUGAAACCAUCAAUUAUUCAGGUGUCAUCGUGUCUUUAGAUGCAAAGCACCCCCUGGAGCUUGUUUGUUGUCACUCACAAACUCACAUAUGAUGUUUAGCAGACUAUAGAUUUUCCUUAAGUGGGAAUUGUCUACUUCAUUACUGCACCACCUAUAGGAAAGGAAAAUAAUAAAGGCACCAAUAAGGACCUGCAGAUGUCUCUUAGUUUCUUACAGGACAAAAAUAGAUGCUGCAAUCUUAACACUUGUGCCACCUGCAGGCAAUAAAUGUUGCACCUGCAGUUUUUAUAGCUGCAAUAAAUAAGAGAUAUGUAAAUUAUUUGGUAACAACAAAGUUAAAAUUUCAAGUAUUCAGAGCCAAAGACAGACCAGACAAAUUAGACUUUUUUUUUUUUUUUCAAAAAAGCACCUGAUGACAAAUCUUAGCCACUUUCUAUAGAAGAGUUGCCAGUAUUAACCUGAGUAUGAGGUUGUGCGUUCCUUCCACACGUACACUUCUCUGUGCGUAUCAUUCAGUUGAUUGCAUGGUAGUAGACAUACACAUGAAUGAACUUCAAACUGUGAUCAUGUUACAAGUAAAUAUAGCUGAAAUCACAGCACAGCUGUUAUCUUUAACUUAUGUUUGUUGUCAGUUGUUAUGUUGUUGAUAACAGUUACAAAAUCAGGAUUUCAGCAGAGCAGCAGCUUGGGAAUGGCUUAGAAAUUACUUCUGGGUGACAUGUCGUCUUAAUGGGCCUCGUUUCAAUCACUUUUUCAUACUUCACAACAGCAACAGACAAACCAUGAGAUCUGUGUGUCUGCAUAUUACUUUCUUUACUUGGUGGUGGUGCAUGACUCAGAACUGUUGGUUCUGUGAUUCUGAAAACGAGCUGAGCCUGGUUUUAGGUGCUUGACAUCUGAGACACCGUGUGUCCUUGUUAGGUCGGUAAUGCAAUAGGAAAUAUUGCAGAAUGUGCCUUUAAAUAUCUCUACUGUAAACUGAUAUAAAUCAGAGUUCCAUUUUGUGAGAAUUUGAGCAGUGUCUACAAGAACAGUUAAGACAACUGAGACGGGGGGACAGUCAGCCAGAAUCAGCCAUUUUUCCUCCAAAUUGUCGUUCUGUUAUUUAACUGUCUGGUUUUACAAAGCAUUUUUAGCUCGCAGUCAUGCUUACAGAUUCUGUAAUUAAUUUGUCUGGCAAAACUGCUCCAUAUGUUUUGUACAGAAAUUUGUCAGCGACUCCUGUAAACUCCUUCAGCAUGACUGUAACAUCUAGGAACUGUAUUGAAUUUUUAACCGUUUGGCCAAUAUCACCAAAAACAACUUUUCUGUUUCCUGCUGUGAGAAAGCAAAAACAUACAACUGCUUAUCUAAAACAAAAAUGCAAGCUAGAAAUAAUAAGAUCCAUGUAUGUAUAAGGAGGUGUGCAGUUGUAACCUUACUACUGUAAGGUACACUACACAUCUUAACCAGUUAAUCUGUUGAGCAAACAGGAUUUUAUGUCCUGUGUUUUUUCCCAGGAACACACCUGACAUUUCUUUCUGGAUGGGAGCAGUAUUAUUCUUAACAGGUUUUUAUAAUUUCAAUUUAAAUGUUUUUAAAGGACCAAUGUGUAGGAUUUAGUGGCAUCUACCAGUGAGGGAGACCCCUCUCCAUUCACCUCCAUCUUUCCAAGUGUGUUUGAAAGCCCACAGUGGCCUUCAGGUAACGUAAAAAGUAGAGCCAGCAUUUGGUUUGUCCGCUCUGGGCUACUGUAGAAACAUGGCGGUGCUACAUGGCGGGCUCCAUGGAACAGGACCCAUUCCCCAUGUAGAAAUGAAGGGCUCAUUCAAAGCUGACCAAAACACAACAAUGCUUACUUAAAGGUGAUUAUACACUAAUGAAGAUACAGUCGUGACUACUAUAUUACUUUUCUGCUAAUGGAUCCCCUAAAUCCUACACACUGGUCCUCUUAAGUUGCGCAACCUGCUAAUAUCACAAACCUGCUGACUGGCUCUAUUUCAGAUGGCAUUUUUUAAGGAGUGUGAAUUCAUAUCAAGCCCAUUAACGUCUGUCAUAACCCAUGAGGGUAUUCAUUAGAGGGAUUACAGCCAAAAAUCAUCUGUCGCGAAAAUGCUCAUAAGUGCAGUUACCCAAAACGUUCUCAAGAGUAUUAUGACCUCUAUAAAACCAACACAGAUGCCAUGACUAAAUUGUUUUUCUUUAUUGUAAUAUAAAUUACGUGUAACAAGUUAAAAACAUGACGAAUAGACUGUUAACUAUCUCCAGGAGUAUAUUUACGAGUUGGCAGUGUUAUUGUAUUUCAGUGUACUCUAAAGCACUAAAAACAGAUUGCAAGCCUAUGAUUAAGACAGGUUAUCUUAUUUAUUACAACAUAAUCAUAAGGUAUACAUCAGAAAAUUGCAUCAGAGUCACAACAUCACCUUUACAGAAAGCCCAUAAAGAACUCAACCCCAUAAUUGUUUGCACUCUUGUAUAUCAGUUCUCAGAUGACAAUAAGCAGGCACUUGCUCUGUGCUUAUAAUGUGUUUAUGAUCCCGUAUAAUGCCUUUUAUGAGCCAAAUGCCGACAGUUGGAUACCAUCCUUCACCACUCAAAUUAGCUGGUUCAACCAUCCCAUUGUCUGUAAAGGAUAUUUGAAAUUCCUUUACAGCUUCAACAAAUGUAGGCCAUUAAAUUCACCCUGGUAAUUUACGUAAAUCUGAAUAUUAGAGUUUGAAUAUCUGUAAUGUCCUCUUAGUAGCAAGGUUUGAGUAGGAGCCGGUUGCCAGCUCUAAGAUUUAGUUUUUGCUUAACACAAAUUCAUGUCCUUUGUUAAUGAAUUUUCAUACGUCCCUUUUUAUCAAACUUAAUGUGAUUUUUUUUGUAAAUAGAUAUCUUGCUUUUAUUUACAACUAUGGCAGCUGAACAAUUAUAUUUUUAAGUUUAUGUUUAAUUUUCCCCUGCUAAUUGCUAGUUUUGCAGCUUGGAUCUGUUGUCAUGAUCUUUAUUUGAAAUGUUUUGUUCGAUUUGGUAUAGUGUUUUUAUGUUUGGUAUACGGCCCCUUUUAAAAUGUCUGAAAUACUGUCCUGUUUUUGUUAACUUUUCAUUUUAGCACAACUGUUUAGUUCAUCUUUAGUUUGCCAUCCUUUGAUUCUGUACUGAUUAAUCAUGAAGCUGGUACCUAAAUAUGUUCACGUGAAAAUACAGAAAAAGAGGUUAUGGUAUUUGUUGAUAACCUGGUGUAUUUUUGGGGCUCAUUUAUUUUUAAUAAUUUUAGUAAUAACAGCUUUGAGCUAGCAUGGUAAAAUGUGGUAAACUUUUCUGGAUUUUGAGUAGUAGUAUCUACAACAGGUUCCAAGAUUUAUUUAUCAUUUAUACUUUAUCAGCCCAUUGACUCCCUCUAUAUUUUCUUUAUCCAAAAUAUUGCCUUGUAUCUGUGCUUUGAAAUACCUACUGUAACAUCAGUAUGUAGUGGGAGGUCUCUUAAAUUUGAAUUAACAAGAAACACGACUCUUACAUAUUUGCUGCAAAUGCUAAUGCUAAUGAAAUUGUAAUACACUGUACUGAAUUGAAUACUGGAUUGCUAUGAGAAAAUGAUGGGCUUAGUUAACGUGUUGAAAGAAAGUGAAUUUUGUCCUGUUAGUCAAACUUUAUUGAUUAGUUCAUGCAUGAAUGGUGAUGGUGGACAUUCAUUCAUUCAUUCAUGGUUUGUUGAGAUUAACAUUACCGUCCUUUUUUUUUUUUUUUUUUGUAUUAUUUUCCUGAAUAAAGUGAGUCCAGGUGGGCUUUGAGUCACA